CCCCACGGCGCUGUCCCGCAGCCUGUCCCGCCUGCGCGAGCAGCGCGCCCGCUCGCGGGCCAUGCUGGCCCUGGGGGUCACGCAGAUGGUGCUCGGCUGCCUCAUCGUGGCCGUCAGCUUCGCCGCCCUGGCGCUCACCACCUCGGCCCGCGUCCGCCACUCCUGCCCCUUCUGGGCUGGCUUCUCGGUGCUGUUGUCAGGACUGAUUGGUGUUGUUUCAUGGAAGAGGCCCCUGUCCCUUGUGAUAACCUUUUUCAUGCUGCUCUCCGCAGUGUGUGUGAUGCUGAACCUGGCCGGGUCCAUUCUCUCCUGUCAGAAUGCUCAGCUGGUGAAGUCCCUGGAAGGAUGUCAGCUGAUUAAAUUCGACAGUGAUGGUGUCUGUGUUUGCUGUGAAAUGCAGCACCAGACAUCAGGCUGCAGUAACCUGGGAGAAACACUGAAGCUGAACCCUCUGCAGGAGUGCAAUGCAGUGAGGCUGACCCUCAAGGACCUGUUGUUCAGUGUGUGCGCUCUCAAUAUCAUCUCCACCAUUGUCUGUGCUUUGGCAACAGCAAUGUGUUGCAUGCAGAUGGUUUCUUCUGAUCUCCUGCAAAUGUUUCUGCCGCAGAGGCCGCAUUCUGCCAAUCCUGACUGCAUGACUCCACAUGGAACUGUCCUGCACCAAACCUUGGAUUUUGAUGAGUUCAUCCCACCAAUCCCCCCCCCUCCCUACUACCCACCAGAGUACACCUGCACACCCGUGGGGGAGGCACAGAGAAGUCUCCAUUUGGACUUCCCUCAUUCCCCAUUUGGUGCUUUAUAUGAAGUAACCAUUAAUAGCCCAGGAAUGCUGUAUCCAAGUGAGCUGCCCCCUCCUUAUGAGGCAGUGAUUGGAGAGAUGCCUGCCAGACAGGUCACUGGUGCUGCUCAGCAAGUGUCUGAACCAAGCCUGGGGGCGAGGAACAUGACCCCGGACUUCAGCACCCAAGUUUCUGUGGAGAGCACCUCUUUGAUGGUCUCUGAGGCUGUUGAUAUCCCAGACCGUAGCUACUCCUCUGAAGAUCUUUGUUCGCUGGAAGUUCAAGGAUCUCUCCAGUCUGCAGAUCUUUCUCCCUACUGCAUAACCCCCAAGGGGGCAGCAGAGCAGAGCUGCAGUGCCCUGGAUUGCCACCCUCACUGCAGGUUUCACAGAACUCGCUCUGAGGGCUUUCCUGAUGAGCGAAGCAGCUCCCACAGCCGAGCCUCUACAGACAGGUCUCAAGGACAGGAAAAGAGCUGUGCCCAUGGCAGGUCCUUGGACUGUUCCUCAGGGAAUUACAGCCCCUCAGAACGAGAACUGCAAAGUUCUGCUCAAGACAGCAGUGCCACGCCGCCUUUGAAGCAGAAGAAAACCUGCUGUGUGGGCUGUCACCAGCCUCCUGCCACUUUCCAGACCUCUCCCUGUUUUGGGCCAGCAAACACUUCAGCAAGUGGCCCCGAGGCUGCUGUCCAGCAGCAGCAGCAGCACCUCACCAAGCCCCCAGCCCCAACCAUCGUCCGCUCCAGCAGUGCCCCUGUGUCCUGCUCGUCUGCCACUGAAGGUGAUAAUUGUGCCUGGACUUCUGUGUGCAGGCAGUGCCAAGAUGCAGGAUUAUCUCCAGCUACAGGAGAAACAGUUCCUGUCUCUGGUUCUCAUAUGGCUGCCUCUGCUUGCCAGCAUUCUUUGAGCAGUUUUCUACCUACUGGAAAACAGAGGGAUACAAGGAAAAUCGAUCUGCACCUAAAGCCAAAGGCUUUUCACACAGUCUCGAAAGAGCGGCCACAUUCCUUAGUGGACCUUAAGGCCUAUAAAGACACAAAAAUUUUAGUGGCAAAAUUUUUGGAACAUUCAGACUGUAAUCUCCCUCCAGAAGUGCGUCACGUAGUGAACAGCAUACGGUCAGUCAUUAAAUCUGAUGAGAGACACAUGGAAGAAGCCAUUUUCAGUGCCAAUAUCAUAGACCAGGUGAUGACGAGCUCCCAGCCGGGCGCGGGCGGCUGCAGGAAGCGGCUGCAGGGGGAUCUGCACCUGCGGAGCUGCGGCGCCCUGAGCUCCGCCGCGGCCCCGGCGCGCAGCCGGACCCCGCUCAGCCGCGCCCUGGAGCGGGAGCGGCCGCACAGCCUGAUCGGGGUGUGCCGGGAAACCAUCCUGUGAUCGGGGUGUGCCGGGAAACCAUCCUGUGAUCGGGGUGUGCAGGGAAACCAUCCUCUGACCAGAGUGCCCCGGAAAAGCAUCCUCUGAGAGGGUCCGCAGGUAUGCCAUGGCAGCUGAGAGCUGUGGAAGAAACCAGGACUGGGACAAACACAACUAGUGGAUGACUUUAAAAGGAAAAAGUGUCUUCCUUUGGAAUUCCACCUUUUUACCCACAGCAGGAUGAGAACGGCUGUUUUUCUGAAUGUAAAUUUCAGCCUUGAAUUUUGCAAACUUUUAAUUGAUUUAUUAGUGAAGUCAUAACAAAUGUUUUCCCAACCAGAAAUGCAUUUAUUUCACUGUACUUACAGAAAUGCUACUGAUGCUGCCCGGCAUUUCUUGAAAACCAUUGCAAACCCACCAGAGACUGGCUGUACAACUUAAAAGUUGUAUUUAUUUAAUGUACCUCAAAGUGUUUUAACUAUCGUCAGUGUUUUAAUAAAAAAGUAUU